UUGAUAUUCAGGGAACACUGAAGAGCACAUGUUCUUCCCUGGGUUUUGAGAAAAAUGGUGAUUCUCAUCCUUACCAAGUAUUACCAUACUGACAUGGGGAAAGUGUUGGAGAGCUCUUUGUGGAGGUCAUCAGAUUUUGGGACAUUAUAUACGAAGCUGAAUUUGCAGCCUGGGAUUGCCACAGUCAUUGACAAUUUCUAUAUCUGUCCCACCAACAAAAAAAAGAUCAUCCUUGUAAGUUCAUCGCAUAAUGACCGGGACCAAAGCCUAUUCAUAAGCAUGGAUGAAGGAGCCACAUUUCAAAAACAGCCUAUUACUUUCUUUGUGGAAACCCUCCUUUUUCACCCAAAAGAAGAAGACAAGGUGCUUGCUUAUACCAAGGACGGCAAGCUUUUUGUAUCUACUGACUUGGGGAAAAAAUGGACCCUUCUACAGGAACGAGUGUCAAAAGACCAUAUCUUUUGGGCUGUUGCUGGAGUUGAUGGAGAUCCUGAUUUGGUUCAUAUGGAAAUUCAGGACCCCAGUGGAGGUUAUUGUUAUAUCACCUGUCAAAUUCAGAAUUGUUCUGAUAAAACAAUGACAGUCCUGUUUACUGGCAGCAUUGACCGGGAUUCCCUGACUGUGCAGGAUGACUACAUAUUCCUUCAGACAACAUCAGCCAAUCGGACAAAAUAUUAUGUAUCUUACCGUCGUAAUAGCUUUGUACAGAUGAAACUGCCAAAAUAUGCAUUGCCAAAGGACUUACAGAUUAUCAGUACUGAUGAAAACCAAGUGUUUGUGGCUGUUCAGGAAUGGUACCAGACAGACACCUAUAACUUAUACCAGUCUGAUCCACAGGGUGUGUACUACUCUAUUUUACUAGAGAAUGUCAGGAGCACUAAACAGCCAGAAGAGAAUGUCCUGAUAGAUAUUUUGGAGGUCAGAGGUGUUAAAGGAGUGUUUUUGGCUAAUCAGAAAAUUGAUGGAAAAGUGGCAACUCUGAUAAGCUAUAACAAAGGCCGUGACUGGGACUAUCUGAAACCUCCAAUCACUGAUAUGAAUGGUAAACCAACCAACUGCAAACCUCCUGACUGCCAUCUUCACCUCCAUCUCCGCUGGGCAGACAAUCCAUAUGUGUCAGGAACAGUCCAUACCAAGGAUACUGCACCAGGGCUCAUAAUGGGCGCAGGUAAUCUGGGUUCCCAGCUGGUUGAGUAUAAAGAAGAAAUGUACAUAACAUCUGAUUGCGGGAAUACCUGGCGCCAGGUUUUUGAAGAAGAACAUCAUAUCUUGUAUCUGGACCACGGUGGAGUUAUUGUGGCCAUCAAAGACACUUCUAUCCCUCUGAAAAUACUCAAAUUCAGCAUUGAUGAGGGCCAGACAUGGAGUACACAUAAUUUUACCAGCACUUCAGUUUUUGUAGAUGGACUACUCAGUGAACCUGGAGAUGAGACAUUAGUCAUGACAGUUUUUGGACACAUCAGUUAUCGUUCUGAUUGGGAACUGGUGAAAGUAGACUUCAGACCUUCUUUCCCAAGGCAGUGCACUGAAGAUGACUAUGAAUCUUGGGACCUCACAAAUCUUCAGGGGGACCAUUGCAUCAUGGGUCAACAAAGAAGCUUUCGGAAGAGGAAAAUUUCAUCAUGGUGCAUUAAAGGAAGAAGUUUCACGUCAGCUCUCACAUCCAAAGUUUGCGAGUGUGUGAACUCUGACUUCUUAUGUGAUUAUGGAUUUGAACGUUCAGCACCUGUGAAGUCAGAAUCCAGCAAGUGCUUUGCUGACUUUUGGUUUAAUCCAGAAUCCCCUCCUGAAGACUGCGUAUUAGGACAGGCAUACACAAGCAGCACUGGGUACAGGAAAGUGGUGUCUAAUGUGUGUGAAGGUGGUGUUGAUUUGCAACAGAAUCUAGCCCAGCAUAUGUGUCCACUGAUUGCUCCCAAAGGGUUACAGAUUAGCAUCAAAGGAGAAAGCCUGGCUGUUAAGCCUGGAGAAGACAUCACCUUCAUUGUCAGACAAGAGCAGGGAGAUGUUCUAAAUACUAAGUACCAGGUGGAUCUUGGAGAUGGAUUUAAGGCAAUAUAUGUGAAUCUCACUAUGACUGGUGAACCUAUCCGCCAUCGUUAUGAGAACCCCGGGAUAUACCGUGUCUCAGUCAAGGCUGAGAAUGUGGCUGGGCAUGAUGAGGCUGUGGUGUUUGUUCAAGUGAACGCUCUGCUGCAGGCUUUACAUCUAGAAGUGGUUCCCGUCAUUGGGAGAAACCAAGAGGUGAAUCUGACAGCCAUCAUAUUGCCCAAGAACCCUAAUUUGACAGUCUUCUACUGGUGGAUAGGAAACAAUCUUCAGCCGUUUCUUACUUUGGAGAGUUUUUUAAUGACCAAAUUUGCUGAGACAGGUGAGGUUAGAGUUACAGUGCAAGCCGCCUGUGGGAACUCCAUGCUUCAAGAUUCAAAGGUUGUCCAAGUUUUUGAUCAUUUUCAUGUUCUUUCUCUAAAGUUUACUAAACAUCUGGACAUGUACAACCCCAACAUACCGGAGUGGAGGGAAGACAUAGGUCGGGUAGUGACACGACUUCUUGCAAAGGAAACCAAUAUACCAGAAGAAAGUCUUGUAACUGUGGUGAAACCUGGCCUGCCCACAACUGCUGACUUGCAUGUGCUUCUACCAGCAAACCAACCAAAGCGGAAGAGAAGUGUAACUAGUGAUAAGAGAAUAGCUGCUAUAAAACAAGCCUUGAAUGCACACAACAUCAGUUUCUUCCUGAGAGGGGGAUAUUGGGUCUUAGUGACUUUAGAUGACUCCGAUGCAGAUUCUCAGAGGAUUGGAGGAGGUGGUGGAUACUGGGCUAUCGUAGUUCUCUUUGUUAUCUGUCUCGUUGUAGUUGGUGCUUUCAUCCUGUACAAAUUUAAAAGGAAACUGCCAGGCAGAAAUGUCUAUGCCCAAAUGCACAAUGAAAAAGAACAGGAGAUGACCAGCCCUGUUAAUCACAGUGAGGACACUCAGAACAUCAUCCAGGGUGAGGAGUUUAUUGAUGAUGAUAUGGACUCUCAAACACUAGUGACUCCUUCUGGGAGAGGUGGCAACUUGAACAGCUACAGAGUUCCCUUAUUGCUGAUGCCGGUCAGUGUCCAGUCCCAGGUCAGUGGCAUGUUGAAUGGAAGCCUCCGGUUCCAUUCUCCUCCCUCACCUGCACCCCUCAAGGCAACUACCACCUUUUUAAGCUGCAAAGAGAACCACCUUAUGCUGUCACUGGGAUAGAAACCCUAGGAAUUCACCACAAACUCAUCAUGAGCAAAAGCUUUAAGGCACUAAAG